GACAGAUAAGUCAAUCCACUGAGGUGGAAUCAGGGAGAAGAUCAUAGCACUGGAUAGUGCAGGAUAGGAUAUCAUUGAAGGACCUCCACGGCAACCUGCAAUGAGACAGAGAAGCGAUUCAGAUCACCACAUUUAAAGAGCUACACUGAAGCAGCAUCAAACCUGAGAGAGGAUUUCAGAUCAGACACUGGAGUAAAGAUACCAACACCCAACCAGUGAAUUUAAGUGGACAACAGAAUAACUGUGCUCCCUCUACAGAAUAAGCAUUGGUUCAGAGUGCUAGAACUUCGGGCUAAAACACACUGGACUAAACUGAAAACCAGAGGUUGAUCUACUACUGAGCUAAACUACUGUUGAGAGCUGAGCAUGCCAGAGGAGGGUAUGGAGGACAACAAGGGGAGAGAGGAGAGACCCAAGUGGAACAACAAGGCAGAGUACCUGCUGACCUGCAUUGGCUUUGCAGUGGGGCUGGGCAACGUGUGGCGCUUCCCCUACCUCUGCCAGAUUUACGGAGGGGGUGCGUUUCUGAUCCCCUACCUGAUAGCCCUGGUGUUUCAGGGUCUGCCUCUGCUCUACUUGGAGCUGGCUAUAGGACAGAGGCUCCGCAUGGGCAGCAUCGGAGUCUGGAGCUCCAUAUCACCCUACCUGGGAGGAGUAGGUGUAGCCUCAAUGGUGGUGUCCUUCUGUGUGAGUCUGUUCUACAACACUAUCGUGGCCUGGGUCCUCUGGUACCUCUUCAACUCCUUCCAGGACCCCCUGCCCUGGAGCCAAUGUCCCCUCAACCACAACAACACAGGGUACGUGAAGGAGUGUGUAGAAAGCACGCCGGUCAACUACUUCUGGUACCGUCAGACCCUGAACAUCACUCCUAACAUGGAGACCAGUGGCUCUCUACAAUGGUGGCUGGUGGUCAGCUUAGCUACCGCCUGGUCUAUCGUUUACAUCUGUUUCAUCAGGGGCAUCGAGACCAUCGGCAAGGCUGUGUACGUCACAGCAACGUUCCCCUACCUGGUACUAACCAUCUUUCUGGUGAGAGCCCUGACCCUUCCUGGAUCAUCUGAAGGUCUAAUCUACCUGUUCACACCUGACUGGGAGAUCCUGAAGAACCCCCAGGUAUGGCUGGAUGCUGCUACUCAGAUCUUCUUCUCUCUGUCAGUGGCCUUUGGUGGACUCAUCUCAUUCUCCAGUUACAACAGCCAGAAGAAUAACUGUGAAAGGGAUGCUGUUUUAGUGGGGGUUAUAAACAGUGCUACAUCUAUCUAUGCCUCCAUCCCCAUCUUUGCCAUCCUGGGAUUCAAGGCCCACACCAACUAUGUCACCUGUCUGAAUGGUAACAUCUUAGCUCUGACCAAUGAGUUUGAUAUUAGCGACAUGAACAUAACGGUUGAAAACUACGAGCAGUGGUUUGACUCUUUAAAUGGGACACAUCCAUCUAGAGUAUCCGAUCUCAACCUGAAGACAUGCGACCUGCAAACCUUCUUGGAUCAGAGUGCGUCUGGUACUGGGUUAGCGUUCAUCGUGUUCACAGAAGCGGUGAUAUCGAUGCCUGGCUCUCAGGUGUGGGCUGUGCUCUUCUUCAUCAUGCUGUUCAGUCUGGGUCUGUCCUCCAUGUUUGGUAAUCUGGAGGGCGUCCUCACGCCCCUUCAUGACCUCAAACUGGUGCCCAAGUGGAUGCCCAAUGAGCUCUUCACAGCAUUGAUCUGCCUGGUAUCGUUCCUGGUGGCUCUGAUAUUCACUAUGGGAUCAGGGAACUACUGGUUGGAGGUCUUUAACAGUUACGUGGGCUCUGUACCUCUCCUCAUCAUCGCCUUCUUUGAGAUCAUCGCUGUGGCAUACAUCUACGGAAUAGGACGGUUCAGUGAUGACUUGGAGUUCAUGACAGGACAUAGACCCAACAUCUUUUGGAAAGGCUGCUGGUUGGUCAUCAGCCCUCUGAUGCUGUUCGUGGUGUUGGUGGCGUACGUUGCCGUCCAGGCCCAGACACAUCCCACCUACCCAGCAUGGAAUCCUGACUAUGUGAACUUCCCCGACACAGAGGUUCUGCCGUAUCCAGACUGGGUGUUUGCCAUCUGUGUCCUGCUGUCUUCAGUACCAGUUAUCUCCAUCCCCCUGGUGGCCAUCUACAGACUCAUCUGCUGCAUGUCAGGAAGACACUCUAAAGGCAGUCUCCACAACGAUCCGAAUAUUUAUGCCAACGAAGGCUACGUUGUAGAGAGUUAGACCCUGAAGACACUCUAAAGGCAGUCUCCACAACGAUCCGAAUCCUUAUGUCAACGAAGGCUACGUUGUAGAGAGUUAGACCCUGAAGACACUCUAAAGGCAGUCUCCACAACGAUCCGAAUCCUUAUGCCAACGAAGGCUACGUUGUAGAGAGUUAGACCCUGAAGACACUCUAAAGGCAGUCUCCACAACGAUCCGAAUAUUUAUGUCAACGAAGGCUACGUUGUAGAGAGUUAGACCCUGAAGACACUCUAAAGGCAGUCUCCACAACGAUCCGAAUAUUUAUGUCAACGAAGGCUACGUUGUAGAGAGUUAGACCCUGAAGACACUCUAAAGGCAGUCUCCACAACGAUCCGAAUAUUUAUGUCAACGAAGGCUACGUUGUAGAGAGUUAGACCCUGAAGACACUCUAAAGGCAGUCUCCACAACGAUCCGAAUAUUUAUGUCAACGAAGGCUACGUUGUAGAGAGUUAGACCCUGAAGACACUCUAUUUCGAUCUAGCCUCAUCUGAGCAACACUGUAAAACAACGCUGAGGUGAAAUAAUUGCCUCACAUCAACUGACCUUGACAUUCCUUACACUCAUGAAUCAAAAGGGUGUUUAUUUGUUUUUAUUUCGUAAUAAUGAAGGACGGACGAUCGGUUGCACUCGAAUUAGACAGUGAUUUUUUUUUUAUGUCUCCAGGAGUAGUUUUUUUGUUGUCUUUUGGGUGACACAAAGAAGAUUGAAGAGCUGAGAAUCGGUGAAUGUUUGGGUUUACCAAUUUUGACCAACUAAAAAUGGAUUUGUUGGUCAAAUUAUAGAUUUUUUUGUAUUUGUUUUCUCACACAGAACAUAAAGAUUAGAGCUAAUGUAAACAGCAUAGAUCUUUCAGUGUGAAGAUAGUGUUUAUGUCAUUAUGUUUUCUACUGGAAAUGAAAUUACAUCUGUGAUAUCAAAUGUAUUUCCUUAUUUCUUUCAUAGAACCUACCACUCCUAAACCAUAAACGUUAGAGAUAAUACAGCAAUUAGAUGGAGAAUUAACCUAGGCGUUGAAACCACAGUAUGACAGCAUGAAAAUAUACUUUUAGUUUUACUAAAGCACAAAACAUAAAUAACUUUGUAUUACAUAUUGGUAUUGUGCUAUAUUACUUAUAUAAAUAUAUACUUUAUUUCAGUCACACAUCACUGACACAUAGCCUAGUAGACCGAUCUGUUUGCACUUUAGCUAGCUAACUCCUCUGUCCUGUCCGUUGUCAUGGCACUUUAGCUAGCCAACUCCUCUGUCCUGUCCGUUGUCAUGGCACUUUAGCUAGCUAACUCCUCUGUCCUGUCUGUUGUCAUGGCACUUUAGCUAGCUAACUCCUCUGUCCUGUCUGUUGUCAUGGCACUUUAGCUAGCUAACUCCUCUGUCCUGUCCGUUGUCAUGGCACUUUAGCUAGCUAACUCCUCUGUCCUGUCUGUUGUCAUGGCACUUUAGCUAGCUAACUCCUCUGUCCUGUCCGUUGUCAUGGCACUUUAGCUAGCUAACUCCUCUGUCCUGUCCGUUGUCAUGGCACUUUAGCUGGCUAACUCCUCUGUCCUGUCUGUUGUCAUGGCACUUUAGCUAGCUAACUCCUCUGUCCUGUCUGUUGUCAUGGCACUUUAGCUAGCUAACUCCUCUGUCCUGUCCGUUGUCAUGGCAAAUGCUAGAAAGAACGAAAUAUGACACACUUUGAUGCGAUGAAUCAACAGGACAAAGUCCAAAGAUAGAGAUGGGAGGAGGUUUUUGUCUUGUUGACUUCACAUUCAAUCUUUAUAGAUUUUUUACAUGGCAUGUUAAAGAGAGACUUUUAUGAUCCUUAUCGCUCUACUGUUUUAUAUCAAUUUAAUGAUGUUUUGCUCUCUCUUUCUCUCAUGAUCUUGUGAAAGAGAUGUGUUUUAAUCAGGUUGUUUGUGCCAAGUUAAGGAUCUGCCAAACCUCAGCCCGCAUCAUCACUGUAUCCCUAGUUAGACCUGGGAUGGUCAAAUAAACCAACCACGACCACUCUACGAAUAUAAAUUACACCUGGUACUAUUUCCACUUGCUUUAAAAGUACAUUGGUAUCAAAAAUAAGGUAGAUAUGUCAAUAUAUAAACAGAUGCAACGAGGCUCCUUCCUACCUGUGCUGUUCUUUGCAGAAACCCUAAUACACUGCAGUGGUUAUUGGCCGUGAAGGAGGGGGCUGAGAUUCUCGACUAGGCCCGGAUGGCCUUGAAGUCCUCAGGUGUUUUUGGGUGUGGCAGCCUGUCUGACUCGUGCUAGUCUGAAACCACCCAGCUAGUCUGAAACCACGCUGCUUAUGAGAGCUAGAAUGAACUAUGGGGUUUUUGCUUUCUAAUAACAAAGUCAAGUUUAACCAUUAACCCCAAUUUGUGUGCUAAACGAAUAAUAAACAUUAACUUUGCUCUCACA